AUCGAAGCAAAGGAAGCGUGUGACUGGCUACGUGCUGCUGGAUUUCCCCAAUAUGCUCAGUUCUAUGAGGACUCCCAGUUUCCCAUUGACAUUGCUGCAGUAAAGAAAGAUCAUGACUUUCUUGACAAGGACCUUGUAGAGCCUCUUUGCAGACGACUGAACACACUGAACAAGUGCGCCUCAAUGAAACUCGAUGUGAACUUCCAAAGAAAAAAGAGUGAAGAUUCAGAUGAAGAAGACCUCUGUGCUAUCAGUAAUAAAUGGACUUUCCAAAGAACCAGCAGACGAUGGUCGCGGGUGGACGAUAUUGAUGCUUUGCUUCACCGAUCAGACAGACAUGGAUCUUCUGGGGACAUUAAAAUGAAAAAUACAACGAGCAGUGAGAGUGUCCUUACAGAUCUGAGUGAACCUGAGGUCUCAUCUAUUCACAGCGAGAGCAGUGGGGGAAGUGACAACAGGAGUCAAUCCGGCAUCACCAGUGCUGCCAGGGAGACCUAUGACUGCUCUGGCCAGCAUGAUGUAGAAAGCACACUGCUGCAAGACUCUGCUGUGAUAAACACUGCCCUGUCCCCUAAGGACAACCUGAAGAAUGAGAAACCAACACGAACCAAAGCCAAAACUUUUCUAAAACGCAUGGAGACAUUAAAAGCAAAAGGUGUGCAUGGAAAACUAAAAGGCUCAGGAAGAACAGGUCCUUUAGAGAUAAGUGGACCUGUUCUCCAGUAUGAGCCAAAGUCCUUGAAGGACAUGCACUGUGUACAGAUAGUCAAUGGUGAUCUCCAAAACUUAGGACAAGAUUCCGUCAAAAGAGGACUUUCUUUUUCUGCCAAAUCCAGCAGUGACAGCAGUCAGUCUGAAAACAGCAGCAGUGGGGUGAGCACACCAUGUUUGAAGGAACGCAAAUGCCAUGAAGCAAACAAGAGAGGUGGGAUGUACCUGGAGGACCUAGAUGUUCUGGCAGGAACGGCUUUACGGCAAGUGGUGGACCAAAACCGCAAAAAUGAAUUUCAUUCCCAAGAAAACUUGGUUGUGCAUAUUCCCAAGGAUCACAAACCAGGGACCUUCCCAAAGGCACUUUCUAUUGAAAGCCUCUCGCCUACAGACAGCAGUAAUAGUGUAAACUGGAGGACAGGCAGCAUAUCUUUGGUGAAGCAGAAGUGCUCUACUCCAAAAGAGUCUGGAUUGAUGGCUUGUUGUCCUAAAGAGAGCAGAAUUAGUAUUUAUGACAAUGUGCCAGGUUCCCACUUGUAUGCUAGUACUGGGGACCUCCUGGACUUAGAGAAAGAUGUCCUUUUUCCUCAUUUAGAUGACAUUUUGCAACAUGUCAGUGGACUCCAGGAGGUGGUAGAUGGCUGGUCAAAGAAUGUGUUGCCAGGUCUGCCAGGUGAUGAUGCAUCAGUCAGGGAAUCUCCAUCAUUGCCUUUCCAGUCACCCACACAGAUCACACUUGAUUUUGAAGGACACUCUGUCUCUGAUGGCCGGACCACACCAAGUGACAUGGACAGAGAUGGAACAUCCCUGAAUGAAUCUGAAGCCACUGGUGUUAGGGACAGGAGAGACUCUGGGGUGGGAGCAUCGCUCACAAGGCCGAGCAGACGAUUACGAUGGCAUAGUUUCCAAAUCUCUCAUCGCCUGAGCCACUCCAUUGCAUCACUUCACAUCAGCAAUCAGUCAGCAGCCCAACUGAAUCUACUGCAAAAGUUCUCUUUGCUUCGUCUUACUGCCAUCAUGGAAAAAUACUCCAUGUCAAACAAACAUGGCUGGACCUGGUCUGUGCCAAAGUUCAUGAAGAGGAUGAAAGUCCCUGACUACAAGGAUAAGAACGUAUUCGGUGUGCCUCUGAUAGUUCAUGUCCAAAGAACAGGACAACCUCUUCCCCAGAGCAUACAGCAAGCGCUACGCUACUUACGGAACAACUGUCUUGAUCAGGUAGGUCUGUUUCGAAAAUCUGGAGUGAAAUCCCGAAUCCAAGCCCUACGUCAGAUGAAUGAGAGCUCCCCAGAAAAUGUAAACUAUGAAGACCAGUCAGCAUAUGAUGUGGCAGACAUGGUAAAGCAGUUUUUCAGGGACUUGCCAGAACCUCUUCUCACAAGCAAGCUAGGAGAGACUUUUCUACACAUCUACCAAUGUAAGUUCCAAUAUUUUUAUUAUUAUAAACAAUUAUACA